CCUUUUUAUAGGGCUGGAGCGCCCCGGCCGCGAGAACGGAGCACAGAAACGGAAACAUUUCCCGACCCCAGAUUCGAGCAGCCGCCGGAGCGCAGGUGAUCCAUCGCUCGCUCGCUCGUGCAGCUCCUGCUUCUGGCCAAGGCGGCUAGAUUCCUUCCGCCGCCAUGAAGUCCGGUUCCGCUUCCUCCGGCCGCGAUGAUCCCUGGGCUCCUCCACCUACCUCCGGCAGCGGCGGCGGCGGCUCCAACGAGCCAGCCAAGAAGCAGCGCACGGAGCCGCCCCCGAGCUCAACCCAGGCCGAGGCGUCCUCCUCCUCUUCCCAUCCUCCACCACAGCAGCAGCAGCCGCCGCCGCCGCCGGACGGCGAGCCGCCGAGGGUGCCGGAUCUCGGGGAGGACGCGAUAUUCGAGAUCCUGCGGCGGGCGGAGGCCCGGACGCUGGCCGCGGCGGCGUGCGUCAGCCAGGGGUGGCGGCAGCUGGCGGAGGACGAGCGGCUGUGGGAGGCGGCGUGCGUGCGGGAGUGGGCCAACCUCGGCUUCUCCCAGCAGCAGCUCCGCGCGGUCGUGCUCUCGCUCGGGGGAUUCCGCCGCCUGCACGCCGUCUACAUCCGCCCGCUCCAGCAGCGUGGUGCCGGGGCGCCGCACAGGCAGGGGAGGAGGCAGUUGCCUGUGAGGUUGGGCAGGGACCAGGUUCAGCUCUCGCUGUCCCUCUUCUCGAUUGGCUUCUUCCAGAACAUGCCUAACCAUCCUUUGCCUAAGAAAGACAAGGGUGGUGAUGGCAGCGAUAAGGGUGGAGGUGGGCAGUGCGGCUGAUCUGGUCUCUGCCUAACAACCUUAUCUCUCCCUGGCAAGAAAACAAAAGCUUAUCUCUCCAGCAGCAUCCCCGUCUGUUGCUGUGUGUGUGUGGCCUAGAGUUUUGGACACCUUCUUGGCUGACUGGAGCUACUAGAGAGUGAAGGAGAGAGAGCACAAAGCCUGGGGGUGGGUUGGUAAGAGACAGGUCUAUGUAUAGUGUUACUUGGAUCUAUAGGAACGUCGAUAAGUGUAUGUAUAGGGAUGAGUGGUGGUUUAGUUGAGUCACAUGGACAAAUUGGUGCCAUAGCACAAGAAAUAUCUCUUAGUGGGGAAAUAUCAUGGAUUAAGCUUGGGGCAAUGUGAGGAAUGAAUUGAGGUA